AUGAAGCUGCACUGCGAGGUCGAGGUGGUCAGCCGGCACUUGCCGGCCCUGGGGCUGAGGAACCGGGGCAAGGGCGUCCGCGCGGUGUUGAGCCUUUGUCAGCAGGCUCCCAGAAGUCAACUGCGGCCUCGGGCCGGGGACGAACGCGGGGGCUCGAACCGCGCCUGCUUGCUUAUUUCCACGCUGAAGGACAGGCGCGGGACCCGCUAUGAGUUAAAGGAGAACAUUGAACAAUUCUUCACCAAAUUUGUGGAUGAGGGAAAAGCCACUGUUCGGUUAAAGGAGCCUCCUGUGGAUAUCUGUCUAAGUAAGGCCAAUUCCAGCAGUUUAAAGAGUUUCCUUUCAGCCAUGAGACUGGCUCAUAGAGGCUGUGAUGUUGAGGCACCACUUUCACCCCUCGCACCAGUGAAGACUUCAGAAUUUGAAAAAUUUAAAACUAAAAUGGUUAUCACAUCCAAAAAGGACUACCCUUUAAGCAAGAACUUUCCACAUUACCUGGAACAUCUUCAGGCUUCUUAUUGUGGUCUUGUCCGAGUUGAUAUGCGUAUGCUUUGCUUAAAAAACCUUAAGAAAUUAGACUUGAGUCACAACCACAUAAAAAAGCUUCCAGCUACAAUUGGAGACCUCAUCCACCUACAAGAACUUAACCUGAAUGACAAUCACUUGGAGUCAUUUAGUGUAGCAUUGUGUCAGUCUACACUCCAGAAAUCACUUCGUAGUUUGGAUCUCAGCAAGAACAAAAUUAAGGCACUCCCUGUGCAGUUUUGCCAGCUUCGGGAACUUACAGAUUUAAAACUUGAUGAUAAUGAAUUGAUCCGAUUUCCUCUCAAGAUAGGACAAUUGACAAACCUGCGAUUUUUGUCAGCAGCUCGAAAUAAGCUUCCAUUUUUGCCUUGUGAAUUUAAAAGUUUAUCCCUUGAGUACUUGGAUCUUUAUGGAAAUACUUUUGAACAACCAGAAGUUCUUCCAAUUAUAAUGCUGCAAACACCAUUAACUUUAUUGGAAUCAUCUGCACGAACCAUAUUAUAUAAUAGGAUUCCAUAUGGCUCUCAUAUCAUUCCUUUCCAUCUUUGCCAAGAUUUGGAUACUGCAAAAACCUGUGUUUGUGGAAGAUUUUGCCUAAGCUGCUUUAUUCAGGGAAUCACAACCAUGAAUCUACACUCUGUUGCUCACACUGUGGUCUUAGUAGAUAAUAUGGGUGGCACUGAAGCACCUGUGAUCUCUUACUUCUGUUCUCUAGCCUGUUAUGUAAAUUCCUGUGAUAUGUUCAAGUAAUAGAUGAU